GGGGGCAGGCUGGUGGGAGCUAGGCCACAAUCAGUCUGGUAUCGGCUCCAGCGAAGUUCGCCUCUCUAGUACUGCCACUAUCGUGCGAACGAAGUAUGUCCCUCUGCGGCCUGGCCUGGCUGGCCGUAUGCUUCUCAGCUGCCAGCUCCCGCAGGCCAGAAUACUUCAACCGGAUGGUCAUUGAGGAGGACAAGCUCUUUUCCGCCUUCAUAUAUCCAGGGAAGGCAGUCAGUUUCUUCUACCUCCUUCAACAAGACGAAGUUUCAAUCCUCAGCUUCACAGUGACGCCUUGCACUGCUCCGGUAGCAUGGGACAUCGUUGUGAGGAAUUCGAAUGAAACUGGAAAAGGAUUCAUCCUCGUGGAUCUCAAUGCAAUUUCCAAAUCUUGGGUAUGCAAAUUCGAGGACAUAAAAUCACCAUGUCAGAGACCAAUUGACACACCACUAGCUCCAGAAAAGUCCUCCUGUAGCCUUGCUAGGAACUCCUUGCUUGAUAAGAUCAUCUUUGCAUGCUGUUCUAGUUGUGCUAUGGAGGAGGCGGACGGGGAAGUUGCUCGGCCGUCCGACGAAGCACCUAGGGUGAGAGUGCUGUCUCCUGCCUACAAGGGGCUUUACACCGUUCAGCUGAUGGUCCAAGAGGAGUCCUGGGUCCAGAUGUACGUCACCUACCUCAGCCACCCCAGUCAGCUUAGGCCCGUCUCCAGGCUCCAUCUCGUCAACAGGAGGACUCAGGGUCAAGUCUUCAUCAGGUGGCAGCAGACGACAGUGGAUCCCGACGAGACGGAAUUCGUGAUAGUGGUCCAUCGCGGACAAGACGCCUUGCAGAGCCUGUGCAAGGCGGGAGGAGAGCUGUUCGGGGUCCAGAGGCCCAAGGAGUGGACCCCGCCCCCCGGGAUAGGAUCCGGGGGGCCCCGCCCGCCCCAUCGCGGUGACAUAGUCAUUCAUCGGGUUGGGAAUAGAACGAGCUGGGUGGUGCGGGGUUUGGAAGCCAAGAAGCGGUACCACAUCGAAGUGUUCGCCGUCAACUCUGCGACCAACUUCAGCUACAGGUACGCCGUGGCCUCCAACGUCACUUACCGGAGGCCCAAACCUCUUCCGCUCCAGGACCGCAAGCAGGCCAUAGCGGAACUGAGGAGGUCGGAACCCAGGGCAGCCUUCAGGUUCAAGGCAGGAAGUCAGCUGGAAGUUGGAGUGACCGCAUGCGGCAGCGGAGGUAGCGUCCUCGCAGAGCUGCGCCAGAGAGGUUCCGCUGUCGGGGACAAAGCGACCAUCAUGGGCCAUGGGGUCCUCAGGGUUGCCAAUCCUCAGCAAGGGUCUGUCUUCGUCCUAAGACUCAGGCUGCCACCUCAAGUACGCGCAGCGCAUGUUCAGGUGACUGCUACGACGAAGGGUCUUGAUGAUCCAGUACUUCCUGAGCUGGCGGUAGUUCACGAGUAUAAGGGACUCCGGACAUGCAACCAGCUGACCCUGGGUUGGGUUCCAGUCCACGGGGAGGCGGUGUACUGCAUCACUGCUACCCAGGUGAGGAGGAAAGAUGUCUUCCAUCAGAUGCCUGACCAGUGUGCCGUCGAACAGGCCCUCAACUCGAUCGCAUACUCGGUGCUUCAGACGGUAAUAACUGAACCAGUAACCAAUCUGAAACCUGGAAAGCAAUACGACAUUCAGGUCUCCGUGAAAAAAGGCAACUCCAAAGUCUUAUCGUAUGAACUUAUCAGGGUGCGGACGAAGAACUCUUGCAAAUAGGAACAAGAAAGGCCUUUUUAUUUCUCUUAAUAAGUCUGAUUUUAAGCAAAAUGAUUUGACUGAUUUUUAGUUAUUACUUUACAAUUUAAGUCAAUUAGGUAGCCUAAAGUGUACAUACAUAUUUAUAUUUAUUGAAGUAUUAUUUGAAUUAAUUUAUUAUGUAUUUCAAACGCUUGAGUAAAAAAUUAAUAGUAAUAGAAUACAAUCGCUAUGAAAAGACAAUAAUUUAAAACUUGAAAAGUUUGGAUUGAUUUUUGUAUAGGAGUAUUUGAUAAAACGAGGUGUUGUAAAUAGAUUUUUAAUGAAAGUGUAGAUGAUGGUAGUUUAUCUUUUUUAAUUUAUUUAUUUAUUAUAUUUUUUACAAAGUCUUUAGCAUAAUUCUGCCAUAAUUAUCUUCUUUUUUUUUUAAUUUGUAUCAUUCCCUUGUACUAAGUUAAGUAUUUUGAUAGACUAAGUGCCAUAGGCUAUUAGCUAGUAAUUUACCAAUUCAAUACAAUUAUAUUUAAUUUUUUUGUUUAUUUAAUUCAAAUAAACACAUUCAAAUUAUCUAGAAAAUUUUCUCAUUUUAACCUAUGAAAAUUUGGCAUGUGUUAUAAAAUAUGUUUGUAUACAUAACAGAGUAUAUAAACACUAGAAAUGUCUUUAUACUAGUUUAUUAAAGAUUUGAUUAAUCAUUCAUUGCUUUAUU